UCUUCUUUCUUUUGGCUUUGGUGCCAUUUAAUUGGUUUUAAGUUAUUUGACCGAUGUGCCUAGUAAGCUAGCACUCUGUUCUGACACGGCACAUUAAACACUCCACACAGUCUGUCCUGACUGUUUAAACAGCUAGGCUGGUUUAGAUUACAGCUUCCUUAAAUAAUCUCUCCUUAGAAGUGUCAUAAUGUGUGGAUGAAGGGGCUUUAAUAAAGUUCUGCUCUCCUUCAGCAGCUUUUCAGCUGGAGUCCUCUGGCCAUGCAGAAGUGUGCAAUGCAACCUGACCGUAGGAUGAAGUCACUUCAGAAUUACUGCACGUGUACUUGCUUGGUCUUUAUCUGAAGUCACCUCUAGACAGAACAUUGGAAUGUACAUUUACAGAGAGUGGGGGCAUCCCAUAAAACACUCUGCACCCUGUGUGAGGUUGCCAGGCACGCUCUGUCACUGAGGAACCCCUCACAAAGCAGCUCAAAGUCUGGGAUUGAAAUAUACAGAAUUCUUCAUGGAUAUAGUUGACACAUUCAACCAUUUAAUCCCUACUGAACACUUGGAUGAUGCCCUAUUUCUAGUCACUAACCUGGAAAGUGAAGGCUGUGACGAAUUUGCCACAAGCCAACAUGUCAUAGAAGACUCCUUGAAGAACAUGCUCAGUGACAAGGAUCCCAUGCUUGGAUCUGCAAGCACCCAAUUCUGUUUACCGGUUUUGGACAAUACUGAACACAAUUUCCAAAUACCACCUUCAACAGGAGUCGGUCUUGAUGAUAUAAUGGAUGUUGGUGUAGAUAAAGUAACUGGUGUUGAUGUCACUGAUGAAGUGGAUCUUAUUCUACCAAACAAGAAUGUUAGCCAAUUGGAUGAUCCUUCUGUAAAAUCAGUAAGGAAAUCUCCACGUUUGAAAGCACAUGAACCCUCAAGAACCAUGAGACAAAGUGCUAUUGAGAAGUCUUUAAAUUCAGUAAAUGUUUUGAGUCCAAAAAAAGCUGACCCUUCCAGACAAGAUAAAGCAACUGAUGAAGUGGAAGAUGAGGAGCAUAUUCUGCAUAUGGAAACUAAUGAUAAAAGCAGUAAAGGAAUGAUUCAAUCAGAACAAAUAAGCAUGUCUCCUAUAAAUUCAAGGCGAUCAACAAGAAUAGCAAAAAAGGAACUUAAGGAUAAAAUAAUUACAGAUGAUAACAUUUCAAUAAAAGAGGAGUGUUCUAGUACAGUAAAUGACAUUGUAUCUAAUACAGAUAGUGUCUUAAUAAAAAGAGAAGAGCAGGCUGAAAUUUUACAUGAAGGUGCUCUUAUUAUGCUAAGUGCAAAUGCUAAUGAAGCAAUGGAAGAAAAUACAAAACAUGAGCUAAAUAAUGCACAAGGAGGUCAAACAGCAGAUCAAGUCUUGGAAUCACCUGUUGAAGAAAAAGUUUUUAAUAAUGAAAUGUUUCAACCUGCAGACAGCAAGACAGAUGUAAUUUAUGAUAAAGUCCAUCAGGAACUUGCACUUUUAUCUGGAGUUGUUGAAUGUAACUUGGGUGUUAAACCAUUGGUUCAUUCAGAAAUUAAUGAUGAAUGUGUGUUGCAGAAUGCUGCUGGCAGCUCUAUCCAAGAGAACAUUGAUACUGAAACACCUUUCAUAGCUACUGAAGUUUUAAAUCCUAUUAAUAAAUCUACUUCUGAUACAGAAUUGUCCAUUUUAGAUAGUGGUGUUCAAAAUAAUACAGAAGGCUGGGAAGCUGAUGAUGUACAGGCUGCCGAAAAAUUGAUACCAGUCAUGACUGAUGUUUGCAGAAAAUUAAGUCGGAAGCGAAAAGGUGCAAAAAAACUAAAAUCUAAUUCAGCUAAAUUGGUAAUAUCUGCAAAAAACACUCCCAAAAACAUUAUUUCAAAAGAUAGCUUAAAUUCUAAAACUCAAAAGGGCAGAUUUAAAACAAAUACAAUUCCCAGUCCUAAAUCUGAGAGUCUGUCUGAAACACUGAAAGUUGUUAAGGUAAAGAAAAAAAGACCUGAAAGUACAAAUGUUGAUAAUGUUCCUUUAAAGACUAAAUUAAAGAAGAAACCAUUUUCAGUUGGUAAAAAAGGUAAUUCUUCUGCACUGUUAAAACAACUGGAUGAAGCAUUAAGAGAGGAUCAAAGAAAUGUAAAGGAAACUCUUCAUGUGGCAUCUCAUGUACAUUCUAAGAACUUGUCCCAUUCUUCUGACAAGUCUCUCACCAAACAUGUUUUAUCAAAAGCCAGCAAUCAGACAAAGGAUGAUGGAGAACAUAAAGAAGUAAUUGAGCAUUCGGAAGAAAAAACUAAACUAAAAAAGUCUCUUCCGCCUCGCCAAAGAAGGAGUAGUAAAAGUAUAUCUGUUGAUGAGCCACCAUUGUUUAUUCCAGAUAACAUUCCUACUGUAAAAAAAGAAGGGACAGAAGUAACUUCUCCAAGUGACAAGUAUGUUUGGAAUCCAACCAGGCAUUGCAGUUCUUGCAGAAAGCUUCAUGGAAAUAGGUUCAUGGUCGGUUGUGGAAGAUGUGAUGAUUGGUUUCAUGGAGAAUGUGUUGGCUUAAGCCUUGCUCAAGCACAGCAAAUGGAAGUGGAUGACAAAGAGUAUAUAUGUGCUAAAUGUUGUGCAGAAGAAGAAAAGAUGGAUACUGCAGAGACCGUUGUUUCUGGUGCUAAUCAGGACAUAGAUGUACACGAAGAUCUUAAAACAUUGGAGACUGAUCAACCAGUUAUGACAGGUUGCCCAAGCUUAACACACGAAAAAUCCAAAACGGUGGAUGAUCCCAUAAAGCACAAAGUUAAGAUUUCCAAAAAGAACUCUGGAGAUUGUAGGCAUGUUAUAGAAAGUAAGGAUUCAGAAAAUAAAAAACACGCAUCCUCUCGUAAGACUAUGCAGUCUGCAACAGUUGUCCACCGUGUAUCUGAUGAGAGACGUGAAAAGUCUGCAAAGGAUUCUACUACUGCUUCAUGUCAUGAAGAAAAGAUGACAAAGUCUGGUGUUAAUGAAAAGAUAGAUAUUAAAAGAAAGAAACGAGAAAGAAAGGGUUCGACAUCUGGUAUACCUACUACUACUACUACUACUACUACUACUACUUCUUCUACACCAAAGCCAUCUGUUGACCAAAUAAGACAAAGUGUUCGUCACUCUUUAAAAGACAUAUUAGUCAAAAGGCUUUCGGAAUCAACUUCAAAGAUUCCUGCAGAAAGAGCUACAAAAGUAUCAGCCAAGAUUGAAAAGGAAUUAUUUUCAUUUUAUCGAGAUACAGAUUCGAAGUAUAAAAAUAAGUACCGAAGCUUAAUGUUUAACUUGAAAGAUCCUAAAAACAAUGUUUUAUACAAGAGAGUACUGAGAGGUGAUAUCACCCCUGAACAUCUCAUUAAGAUGACUCCAGAAGAGUUGGCGUCUAGAGAGCUUGCAGCUUGGCGACAGAGGGAAAAUAGACAUACCAUUGAAAUGAUUGAAAAAGAACAGCGUGAAGUUGAACGACGCCCAAUCACUAAAAUUACACAUAAAGGUGAAAUCGAAAUAGAAAGUGAUGCUCCUAUGAAAGAACCAGAAGUCAUGGACACUGAAGAACCUGUUGCUAAACCAGUAGAAAAGGAGGAAGAACUGCAAAAAGAUACGGAUAUACCUGUUGAAAGUACAUCAGAUACGACAGCACAGCACAAAAACCAUCUUUUUGAUUUGAAUUGUAAAAUCUGUACAGGUCGAAUGGCACCUCCUGCUGAAGAUCUGUCACCGAAGAAAGUGAAAGUUUCUGUGGAUAUUAUGCGUAAACAUUCAGAUGAAGCUGAUAACACAACAGAUGCACCAUCCUCUGUUGCUCUAAAUAUAAAUAUAUUAGAAGCUGACAAACCUGAAUCUCCAAAGGAAACAUUCUUUUCAGUUGCAAGCUCGGAACCAUUUAAUAUUACUGACACAGCUGAAGAUGAAUCUACCUUCUUGGCUCGAUUAAAUUACAUUUGGAAAGGGUAUCUUAAUAUGCCUUCUGUUGCAAAAUUUAUCAUCAAGGCCUACCCGGUAUCUGGAUCUUUAGAGCAUUUAACAGAGGACCUUCCUGAGAGCAUCCAAGUAGGUGGAAGAAUUUCUCCACAGACUGUUUGGGAUUAUGUAGAAAAGAUAAAGGCCUCUGGAACAAAGGAAACAUGUGUAAUACGCUUCAGUCCAGAGACAGAGGAAGAUCAGAUAUCGUAUACAUUGUUAUAUUCCUACUUUAGUAGCCGGAAACGCUAUGGUGUAGUAGCAAAUAACAUGAGGCUGGUGAAAGACAUGUAUCUCAUUCCAUUAGGUGCCUCAGAAAAAAUCCCACAUUUUUUUGUACCCUUUGAUGGACCUGGUCUGGAAGCUCGUAGACCAAAUCUACUUUUGGCCUUGAUAAUUCGCCAGAAAGUGAAGAGGCAACACAGUACAAACCCUGAUGAUGAACACUUAGGGUCAUUACUUAGUGUCCCAGAAAAAAGGAAUAGAAUUGAGCCUGGAGAUAAUGACGAUGAUGAAGAUGAUGAUGAUGAAAAUGAUUUUUUUAAUUCCUUCACUACUGUAUUACACAAGAAUAGAAACAGGCCACAGCUUUCAGAUACAGAGGAACCUCAAGUGGUUGUUGAACCUGUACCAGAGGCAAUCAAGCGUGAGCCUCCGAAGCCAUUACGGUUUCUCCCAGGUGUACUAGUUGGGUGGGAAAAUCCACAGUCUACUCUAGAUCUAGCAAACAAACCCUUACCUGAUGAUGACAUAUUGCAGUCUCUUUUAGGCACUACAGAACAUGCAUUUGAACAUAAAUCAACAAGUAUUACUGCAAAUAUUGAAAAGCCAUUAAAAGAGAUUAAAGUUCAAGUUAAUGAUGAACCAUUAAUUUCUGAAAAGUCGCUUGAUAAUGAUAUAGAAAUGGAUACAGUUCCCAACACUAUAGAAGAAAUAAAAGAUAUUCCAUCUCCGCUAACAGUCCGACUUGGAACAACAUCAGUCCUUUCACUCAAAGGUAAACCUCCUGAUGUUUCUACUGAAGCAUUUUUAGCUACAAUAAAUGUUUGUUCAAGUGAAGAAAUAAUAGAUAAAAAGUCUGUGGAUGUUCAGCAGGACACUAUUCAAACAACAAAUCCAAAUUUGUCUCCAAUUCAUGUGACUAAAAGUGAUAUUGAUGAUUAUACAUCAGCAUCUGUAGAUGCUACUGAAAGCCCUGUGAAAUCUCCAAAAUCAAUACAUGUUAAAAGGGACCCUAGACAAGCAGCUGGAAGAAGCAAUCAGACUAAUUCUUCUGAUUUAAAAGAUUUUGAUUUGCACAAAAAUGAAGCAAAUAAACAAUCUCCUGAGAGCACAUCGAGACACAAAAAAGAUAAGACAAAGAAACAUUCUAACGAAGAAAAUGAUUUAAAUAUAUCUAAAAGUGGUAGGUCAAAAAGCACCCGAAAUGAAACCGAAAUGACUGAAGCAUCAAAACCUGAAAAUACUAAACUGUUUCCUCCAGAUCUGCUUAUCGAUGAGACAGACCCCCUGCAACAAUUUAGACGAGCAUUGGCUGCAAAUAAGUCACAAGCACCAGAUGAUUCACACUCAGAAAAUUCAGGUAAAAUUCCAGCUCCUGCAUUUGCUGGAAAUUUUUCAGCAUUGAGGUUACAACCACCGCCGUUUCUACCUUUAAAGAGCACCCCUCCACCAUUUCCAUUCCAACACACUGCCAGCUUUCCUCUGCAGGGUAAUCCAAUAUUUCCUUAUACUCCUCAUAUACCACCUCUGCUACCAACACCAUUAGGUAUUGGUUUUCCAAGGCCACCAAGGUUUCUUUCAGCAGAAGCCAAUAUGCAUAAUCCAUUAAUUGCUUGGCACCCAACACUUCAAUUGGCUCGACAAGCACCUAAUUUUUUUGGACAUGUUACAACUGGACCGCUUUUAGGUGCUGAACAAGUAAUGUACCAGUCACCUCAGAAGUUGUAUCAUAAAGAUCAUAGAGGUCAAGAAAGGCGUCAUAGUGAUCCAUGGGAUAAACAAGAUCGUAUUUCUGACAGAAGUCUUAGUCGGGAGAGAAGAAGUGAACAUAGACAGAGAUUUUAUAGUGAAUCUCAUCAUUCAAGAGAUAAGAGGCAUGAAAAGGAAUCUGGAGGUGACAAGCAUGGUGACAGAGACUCUGAAAGAAGCAGACGUCGGGAUAGAGAUAAAGAAAGAAGUCAUGAUAGAGAUCGGAAAAGUCGUGAUGAGUCACACAGAGAAAAAGAAAGAUCUCGAGCUUCUGAUAAAUUAAGUAAAGAAGGAAGGAAUGGUGAUAAAUCGAAGAGUGAGGAUCGUGCUCAUGAAAAAGAAAAAAAUAGGGACAGAAACAGGGACAGAGAAGAGGAAAAAGAGCGGGAUAGGCACCACAAAGAUAGGAGCAGGGACCAUAGUGAUAAAAGUAAAAGUAAACGAUAAAUGAGCUUUUGCUAGCAGUUAUAUUUCUUACUAGGUUGUGCCAUUCUUUUUUAUUGUCACGGGAUUAUUUUUUCCAGAAACAACUUGAUAUUGUACAUCUGACUGCCCAUUAUAUUUUCUUUGAUGUUAAACUAUCACUAAAUCUAAAAUGUUUUUAAUAAAUUUUUAACACCAAUGCACAUGUAAUAUCAUAAUAAAUUUCUUACUAAAUAUACAAUAACUAAUUUAUAUUUAGUUGGAAAUGUUGCGUAGUGUGUAGAAGAAAAUUGGUCUUUGCAUUUUAAGGUAUUAGCAUUUUAAAACAAAGUUCUUUACACAAAAUGUUUUUAAUUGCACUGUUUUAAGACCAUAAAAGCUUCAGACUCUGUAACCUAUGUUUUGGAGAAAACUAUUUAGAGUUGUAAAAACUAUACUUUGGCAAAUGUUCAAUGUUAAAAUGUUUCCUCUAAUCUUAUUAUGGCUAGAAAAUCGCAGUUGAUUAUAUCAUGGCUUAUUAAGUGUAAGCAGUUUGGUUACUACAGGUUUGAAAUGCACUUGCCAUAGGGGAAAUAUAUUUUAUUCUUUCAAGCUUCAAAUUUUUUAGUGAGUAAAAAUUACAAAUAUUGUUUGUGCUUUAAAUACUUGAAAUCUCUGCGUGUACAUUCUUGUGUUUUGCUAUUUUUUAUACUGUAAAAUGUACAUAUUGUAAGGAAUAUUUUGAUUUUAAAGAUGAUAAAAACUAACAUAUUUUGUCUCAUUCCUGUGUAUGAAAUGUUGUGUUUAAUUCUGGUAAAUAGUAAAGUUUUAGUAUUUCUUGCAAUUGCUUUACAUGCUCGAUUUAUUUUAAUCCUUUUUGAUUUUGCAAAUGUAAAUUUAACUCUUCUAGUUACCUGUUCGUCUAUUUUGUCACUGGGCAACAACAUGCUAUUUAAAUGUGCUUAAAGAAAAGUUUUCAGGACCCUUCUAUAAAUCAAUAAUUUGUCAAAGCUCCUAUUAUAUCUGCAUGAGUUGCAAUUCACUGAAGUCUAGUGAUACCUAAUUACUGUGGACUUGCACUUUUCAAUGUUACCUUCAAUAGUAUUAUAGUGGAACAAUUGUUUUAUAUGUACAGCAUCUUUGUUUUAAAAAGUUUUCAGUUUUACAAUUACAAUUCCCCAUAAUUGUAUAGAGCAUAAGUCACUCUAUAGUAAGUAAAUAAAACAGUAAUCCCUGGCCUGGUGACCUGUUUUGUUUAAUAUACGUGUGCAUUCUCUUGACCUAACCAUAGUCAGGACAAGAGGUGUAAUGGAGUUGUACUGGCUAUGUCUCUUCUAUGUCUUAAUAGUGUUUAGAACAGAAUAUUGAAGUCUUUCACAGUUAUCUUGUAAAGUUAGACUAGUAUUGACUGUCACUCUUUAUGCAAAGUACACAAUCUAUAGCCAUCCUUUCAAUGUUUUGCAGUUUUAAAAUAAGAAAAAUGUGUGGAAAUGUUAUAAUCAGACCCCUACAAAAUUAGUUUACAAAUUUGAAACUAUACUUACCAUAAUAGACUUAAUAUUACCAAAAGAUACAUAUUUUAUUUGUAAGAUAUAUAAUGGUAUUGUUUUAUAUAUAUAUAUAUAUAUAUAUAUAUAUAUAUAUAUAUAUAAUUACUUUAAACUGCACAUAGUCAUAUGUUAGGCUGUUCUAAAUAUAUUUACAUAUUGCUUAUUGUUUAAAGGAUACUUGUGCAGUGUUCCUAUAGAAAUAUAAAUUCUGGAUCCUGCGUCAAAAUUUAUCAGGAACCCCAUCACAUGGCAUUUUUUUCUCAGUGUGAUUUUACAUGUUUACCAUAAAGAUAAUCUAUAAGUAUUUUAAAGGUGAUCAACCUUUGGAGAAAUGUGAGGUUGAUGUAGUAGGUCUUCAAGGUUGUCGUAUGACUUUUUUUUUUUAUUCCAAACUGCUACUGUAGUUUAUAUUUUUCUACUGCGUUUCACAAAGUAUUGGCGGUUAAUAAGUAUUUUAAAAUUUUGCAUUAACUAACUUAAGGUAAUCACAAAAGUUCUGCCAAUGGAAAGCAUACUAUAAAUGAGUAGUAUGAUAAGCAUUCUGUUUGCAUUGUGGGCAGUCUUACAUUUUAUCUUGUGUGGUGGAAUAAAAGGCAUCUGGUACCAGAAACCAUGGGAUUAUAUAAUAUUUCUGUUAAUGAUUUUAUUUUGAAAAGUGAGAUGUUCAGAUAUUUUCCGCAAAUAUACCCCAAAUGGUCGUUUGUACACAUAAAUAUAUAGUUGUUUCACUUGACACAAUGCAUGUUUUAAAAAUUGCAAUUCUAAUUUUAAGAUGAUUAUAUUCAAUAAUGUAAAUUCUAUUUGUAGUGUAAUGUUUAUAUGGAAAGGAACUUGAAAAUUACAUUUUUAUUAAAAUAUUUUAAGUAUU